UGUCUGCGCCUAUUUCCUGUGCGUCUCGCUGGCUGCGCUGCUCCUCGUCAUCUACUACGGGCUGGUCUGGGCACCCCGUGGCACCGGGAACGGCACCGAGCAGGGCCCUGCUGCCCACUCGACCCUGCUGCUCUGCAAUGGCUCUGCUGCCGGCAUGGGCUGAGGGCCCUGGGGACAUGGCCCCGUGCUCCGGGGAACCGGGUGCUCCAGGGUGGCUGUCAGGGCUGCAGCCUCUGCAGGGACAGGGCUGGGGAUGGAGGAAUCCUGCAGGGAGCUGGGCACUGCCUCUGGGAUGCAGUUCCCAGCCUGCGAGGAGACUGUAAAGGAGGUUGGAAGAAACUGGUCCUGCUUGGGGGUUCCUGGCAGCGGCUGGUGGGGCUCUGGAGGAGGUUUGGGGCUGAAAGGAGGAGGGCAGGAGUGCCUGGGUAACACACAGUCCUGCCUGGCUGGGAGUCUUGCUGGGAACAGGGAGGCUCUUACUUAAUUGCUGCAGGACCUUGUGACUUCCCCUGCACCAGGAGGAUACGGCUGGUCACAUCCUGCUCCUGUGGGGACACAGGGUGGUUCGGGGCAGCCAAGCAGUUAGCGGGUUCCGGCUGGGACGGAAGGAGAAUACGCUUAGAACCAAGGCAAAACAGCAGCCACGGGCGGCUCUGAGCCAAGAUGUGUUGAGAGACGUCCUCUUCUCCAAAUGUACGUGACUUGGAGCGAGACCUCCUCAGCCCUCCUCCUUGGAUGCUAACAACGCUUCUGUGCAUUGGAAUUCGCCCUGGACUGAGGAGCCAAGCAAGACCCAGAGCUCAACAGCCUUUUCCCGGUCGUCCCAGCCCCAGCCCUGACCCUUCGCUUCUGUAGGCUCCUUGUUGCCAGCUGUGCAAUGAAGCCAUUUGCGUACCAAGAUCCCCCACCUUACAGCAGGAGAUGGAGCUUUCUGCUAACCAGGAUGCCCCCCACAAGCUGCUCGUCCUGACACAGCACGGCUGUUCCACACCACCAUGUUUCAUUCCCGCUUUGCACGCAUAAAAGCCGGACAGCGGCACAGGUGAAGAACAGCAGGUCCCUAAUGUGGAAACCAAACAGCACAGAACUGCGCCCAGAUCAUCUCGGCCCCGCUGCAGAUACCUUGUUCUCCAAACAACGUCCUUCCUUUAUGUGGACUGCCCAGCUUCUCUUAGCUGAUGAAAUUGGUAAUCUUUCUCGAGAUGUACAUGCUGCUUCCUGUUCGCUACCAUAUAAAACCCCAGUGCUGGCUCAGCCUGUCCUCCACACGCAAAGACUGUUGGCAGGACAGACGCAGCCUGUGAGGACUUGCUGUUCCAGGUUGGGAGCUGUUGGAGAAUGGACUUCUCAAUAUACAAUUAUACCUCCAAUUAUUCUGGCCUUGAUGACUAUUCUAUAUAUGAACUUGAUGCCUAUGAAGUCUCUCACAGCUACCGGGCAAUUCUAGCGCUGUAUGCCCUCAUCUUCCUCUUGGGUGUGCUGGGCAAUGGGGCCGUCAUCUGGGUGACUGGCUUUGAGAUGAGGCGCACAGUGAAUGGCAUCUGGUUCCUCAACCUGGCCGUGGCCGACCUGCUGUGCUGCCUGGCCCUGCCCUUCCUGGCCCUGCCGCUGGCUCGUGACCACCACUGGCCGCUGGGCCCCCUCUCCUGCAAGCUGCUGCCCUCCCUCACCAUCCUCAACAUGUUUGCCAGCGUGCUGCUGUUGACGGUCAUCAGUGGGGACCGCUGCGCCCUGGUGAUGCGGCCAGUGUGGUGCCAGAACCACAGGACACCAGCACUGGCCCGGGGGGUGUGUGUGGCCGCCUGGGGCCUGGCAGGCAUCCUCACCAUCCCAUCCUUCAUCUUCCGGACCACGCGCACUGAUGUCUUCUCUGACAAGGAGACCUGCGUGCUGGACUACACGUCUGUUGGGGUCCACCAGCGCCUCACUGAGCUCUUCACGGCUGUCUUCCGUUUCCUUUGUGGCUUCUUGGUGCCCUUUAUAGUGAUCACUGCUUGCUACAGCCUGCUGCUGGUCCGUGUCCGCAGCAAGCGCUUUGCCCGCUCCCAGAAAGCCACCAAGCUUAUCCUCGUAGUGAUCGUCAGCUUCUUCGUGUGUUGGCUGCCUUACCACAUCGUGGGGCUGAUCCUGGCCUCUACCCUUCCUCACACGAGCUUGUUCAAGGGUGCCUUGGAAGCUGACCCCAUUGUCGCUGGCAUAGCAUACAUCAACAGCUGCCUCAACCCCAUCAUCUACGUCAUCAUGGGCCAGGACUUCAAGGACAAGUUCCAGCGGUCCUGGAGAGCUGUGCUGCGCAGUGUGCUGAGUGAGGACUCCCCCAGCACCAUGGGGGACAGCAGGAUGAAGACCAAGUCCACAGUGGACGACCAGAGUGUCAGCACCAACGUGUGACAUGGCGUGGCUCCCAUUGAGAUGUCUGGGGUACUGGCUGGGAGUGGCUCCAGGGGAGUGCUGCUUCCUGCCAUCCUGGGGGUCUGGGUGGCCACUGCAGAGCGAAGAUGUGUCUUUUACCCUCCUUUCCUCCUGGGAACUGGCUACUUUGCUUGUAGGCUGGGGAAGCUGGAGGGUUAAAGCAGCUCACAUGCUGCCAAAUUUGUGCAUCCAAAUACCCAGCUCCUCUCUGCCUAGGGGUCUCUUCAUGGCUUUCUCUGUGGCUGCAACUCUCCCAGUGGUAAAAAGACUCCUUAGAGUGGACCUUUUUCUUGCAGACUCCUGCAAUAUCCCCUUCUUCCGUUUCUCCUCCAGGCCAAACUUUGACCCUGUUCUCUGUCUCCAGGUCCCUGCCCUCUGUUCCCUGCGCCAGGUCCCCUCUCAGCCCCGUAAGAGCUGUGCUGCCUGGCAAACCCCACUGACCCACGUCCCUGCAAGCAGGCCAGGGCCUUACGAUCGGGGAUGUCAGAGAUGAACUCCAUGUGGUGAUCUUGCCCCAAGCCUCCAGUACUCCCAGGCCUCAGGAGUCGGCCCUCUCACAGUCUUAGGUCCUCCCAGGUACGCAGGGGCUCGGUGCAUCCCCUGCCUGUCACCUCGGAAGGGGCCUGCUGCUGUUCACCCCUGGCUGACCGCCUGGCUCAGCCCUGCUUCUUGACUGUAGAUGUGUCCAACUUUGCAAAUAAACAUUGAACCUGC